CGGCAAUAAGGCUGAUGUCAGUUCGUGACGAAACCCCUAAAUCCAGUUCCUAGCCUUAACGACCAACUUCCUAGUUAAUCGUCCUAGUUAAUAAUUCUCAAGGUCACUUCGGCGUCGCCGAAAGGUCCUUCAUAAAUUACAGGGUCACCUCGUCACUGCCUAAACUGAUACCAAGUUCCCCUCUAUUUUCAUCAUUCCUGUGUUCGUGGAUGUUCUUUUGCAUUAUAUCAUGGUUCAUAUGAACGACGUAAUAUAACAUUACUUAAAUGAAUACAGAUACUCCAUUGGAGUCGAUAAUCAGACAUUCUAGUAUCCAAUCAACGUCAAAUAGACAUCCACUACUCUGGGAUCCCGUACUAAUUGGAUGUGGGGUUACGACUGUUACUUCAUGCUACAUUUUUUGGUCAUUCAUCUCUCCUGCAUUUCGGAGAAUUUGUUUACCAUUCUUACCUGCUACGUCGACUCAGCUAGAUAAUACGUACAAGCUUCUGGAGUAUGCGCAAAGUCAAAAAAGUGAUAAGUCAUUAGGAUCCAUAAUUGAUCUAGGCAGCGGUGAUGGACGUGUGUUAAUUGAUUUAAUAAGUCGGCCAACACUGAAAAUCACUUCUGCUCAUGGUGUAGAGUUAAAUCGUCCGCUUGUUUGGUAUUCACGUAUCAACUCCUUUUGUAGUAAUAAAAUACUCACUACACCCAAAGUAACUUUCGCUUGUAAAAAUAUGUGGAAAACUAAUCUUUCUGUAUAUGAUACAGUUUUACUGUUUGGUGUAGAUUCAAUGAUGGGAUCUAUCGAACAGAAACUUAACAAAGAAUUAAAAAAUGGUUCAAUCGUCAUUACAGCCAGAUAUCCACUGCCUAAUAUCCAAGCAUCCAAAUCCAUUAUUGAUGGACCCCACUCAGUAUAUUUGUACAAAAUGUAGUUAUUACUAAUAUGACUUUGUAAUUACUUUCCGUAUAUUUAUUCAACCAUCCCUUUUGUUUAACAAAUCACAAAAUGUCUUCAACUUAUUUU